AUCCUGCCUAAACCCCCGGAAAACCCUUGACCUCCCACUCUGUCUAAAAUUAGAGGAGAGAGAGAGAGAGAGAGAGAUCACAAAGCGGCCAUGAACCGAGCAAAGACGAUACUGAGUCAUCUCCGCCUACUCAACUCGCUUCACUCAACUCGGCUUUAUCCUCAGGUACCAAUUCCAUUCUCCCACCUCUCUCCCUCUCUCUCUAAACAACCCCACGCUUCCAUUUCCAUACCCACUUAUCAAAUCCUAUCCUUCUCAACACAACCCACCUCGAUUCUUGAGCUCAUAGCAGACUCUGAUUGGUCAAAAGAAUUAGAAAACAAGUUAUCAAACACUAACCCAAAACUGACCCACGAAACGGUUGUGUACAUUUUGAAGAAACUCGAUAAAGACCCAAAAAGGGCUUCCAAAUUCUUCAACUGGGUAUGUGACAAAAAUGGGUUUAGACCCAGUUCUGCUAUUUACAGUCUAGUGCUUCGGAUUUUCGCUAACAAGGAGUCAGUGAAGCAAUUUUGGGCAACCAUUACAAAGAUGAAAGAACUAGGGUUUUACAUCGAUGAGGCGACGUACCUUACGGUUCUUGGAGUUUUUAGGAAUUCGAAGAUGGGUAACGAUGUCACUGCUUGGACUCAACUAUAUAAUAAGAUGGUCAAGGAAAAUGAAAUGAGUGAUGUAGUGAAGAUGGUGGUUGGGGUUGUUACUAGUUCGGAUUGGGGCCGUGAAGUUGAGAGAGAUUUAGGGGAGAUGGAAAUUCUGUUGUCGGAUGGUUUUGUUUUGAGGGUUUUGAAGGAGCUUCGAGGAUACCCUUUGAAAGCUUUGAGUUUUUUCAAAUGGGUUGGUGGGUGCACGGGAUAUGAGCACAACAGUGUUACUUAUAAUGCCGUUGCUAGGGUUCUUGGUCGGGAUGAUUCAAUUGGGGAGUUUUGGAGUAUGGUGAAGGAAAUGCAGAGUUUAGGUCAUGAGAUGGAUAUUGAUACAUAUAUAAAGAUUUCGAGGCAGUUUCAGAAGAACAAGAUGUUGAAGGAUGCAGUGGAGCUGUACGAGCUUAUGAUGGAUGGUCCUUAUAAGCCAUCGGCUCAGGAUUGUGGUGUCCUUUUGCGGACUAUCUCUGUGGGUGGCAAUGCAACUAUGGAUUUGGUGUAUAGGGUUGUGGAUAAACAUGAGGCAGCGGGAAAUGUACUCACAAAGUCUGAUUAUGAUGGGAUUCAUAGGGCUUUAACAAGUGUAGGGAGAUUUGAUGAAGCAGAGAAGAUUGUGGAGACCAUGAGAAAGUUGGGGCAUAAGCCUGAUAACAUCACCUAUAGCCAACUGGUUUUCGGACUUUGUAAAGCCAGGAGACUAGAAGAAGCUAGUAAGGUGUUGGAUUUGAUGGAAGCAAAUGGUUGUAUCCCUGACAUAAAGACUUGGACUAUUUUGAUAAAAGGACACUGUGCCGCCAAUGAAGUCGACAAGGCAUUGUUUUGCUUUGCAAAUAUGAUGGAGAAAAACUGUGAUGCAGAUGCGGACCUCUUGGAUGUCUUGGUAAACGGUUUUAUAAGUCAGAAUAGGAUAGAAGGGGCAAACCAGUUGGUUGUCGAGAUGGUGAAUAAGGUUCGGUUGAGACCUUGGCAAGCUACGUACAAAAGUUUGAUUCAAAGGCUUUUAGAGAAAAGGAAAUUCGAGGAAGCACUAAAUCUUCUUCAUCUAAUGAAGAAACAUAACUACCCGCCUUCCCCAGAACCAUUUGUGCAUUUCAUUGCAAGGUUCGGCACAGUGGAGGAUGCUGGGGAUUUCUUGAAGGCAUUGAGUGGGAAGGAAUAUCCAUCCAUUUCCGCUUAUCUACAUCUUUUUAAAGCUUUCUUUCAGGAGGGUAGAGACUCUGAGGCCAAAGAUCUGCUUUUUAAGUGCCCUCAUCACAUCCGUAAGCACGAAGCCAUAUGCAGUCUCUUUGGUUCUGCAAAAAGUAGCAAUGCUGCUGCUGCUUGACAUUUUUUGGGGGUGGUUAGUUAAAUUUCAAUUCCUUGUUGUACAAAUGAACUUCGUGAAGCACUGCUAGAAGAUUUUUAUAACUUAUUACAGUUUGAUUUUAUGUUAUAUUAAUUUGCUUUCACUUGUUUGAAGCUUAA